AUGUGCGCAGUAGGACUCAUUGAGUAUCACGCAAAUCAAGAAGUAGCAAACGAGAGGAUGGCAUCCAGCGAAUCAAAUGGACAGCAGGGAAAUGCUCCCCCUGCUCCCUCCACCGUAGCAGGCCAACUCUCAAGUUUUCCCGCCCCACCGGGAGGCUUGUCGCCUCCCGUCGAGGCCGAACAUGUCUCUUGCAAAGCAGACCCCGUACCAGAGGGUGCAGUCCGGGUACUCCCGAGGAGAUACAGGUAUCCUCCUAGGCCAACGGGAUUUCGCGGCAACAUUGAAUCGAGGAGCUCUCACACUUCGCCAGUUGCGCAAGGGGCGUUUCUGGACUCAGGUGGUGGAACAGAUACGAGGACUCAGCGGGGACAGUCUGUGGUUUCUCAGAUGUUUUUACCCGUUCCUUCAUCAGGAGAUGGCUCGGAAUUUCCUGUCGCUGAGGGGCCUGCGGAGGACUCCCAGGAAGCAUUAAGCAAAGGGCAUGUUCGCAUGCUUUAUGUAAUAUUUUGCGCCCAGAAGUUCUUUUGUGAACUUCUCGGUACUUUGUUCCUAGUGACGUCAAUUGCAUUGGCAGAGAAGGGGAGCCAUGCAAUCUUCGCUCCUUGUUCAGUCUCUGCUGUGGUAUACGUGCUGACAUUCUUGUUUGUGCCUAUAAGUGGUGCUCAUUUUAACCCUGCAGUUUCUACCGCAAUGUUUGUGACCUCAAAGCAUUUUCGAGCCUUUGAGUAUAUCGCAUAUUUCCUUUGCCAGCUGAUCGGAGGCACAUGUGGAGCCUUGAUUGGUUGGGCUAUAAUGGGAGAGCCCCUUGAAGUUCUCCCGCUUGAUCCCGGCGCUUCUUCAGCUCGUUCAAUAUUCCAUGAAGUUAUUCCGACAAUAUUGCUUAUCUACACGUGUCUUGUCCUAACAUUCGCAACGAGUGCAGGAGAUGUCAGCCUUGUCACCAUUCCCUUGACUGCAGCGAUGGCCGUUCUCUUUGGCGGUAUCGCGGGGGCAACAAUGAAUCCAGCUGUAGCAACCGAAGGGGCCGACGUCGUGGAUAUUGUUUUAAGGGAGGACCGUUUCGCGCUUAAGAACGGGUUUAUCGUUUGCAUCUAG